AAUCAAACCACACCCCUUUCAGUCGCGGCUCUUUUCUGGCCUUGGUUCGGUGGUUCUGAGGUGUCUCAGCAUCCCCUAAACCCACUCCAGCCUGCUAACAGGUGGACAUGGCCCACAAAGGCCACUUUCAACACAGUGGCCUGGCCUGGGCCCUGCGACUGAUCCUGGCAUGGAUCUUCUUGGUGGCCCGUGGAGAGAACCACCCACUGCAAGCUAAGUCCUCCUGGGGACACCCUGGGCUGGCAGCCAAGGUGAGCACAGGCCAGCUGCAGCCAGCAGGGCAUCCUCAGUCCUCGGUUCUACCACCAUACCCGAAGAUCCAAGUUCCCAGUUCACAGACAACACCAGUGCCAGAACCUUGCUGCACUGCAGAGAUAGACAGACCAAAGGCAUCGAGCCCAGAGAGCCUUCGCGAGAGCUGCGGGGCACCAAGCCCAGAAUGUGAAUUCUUCCUGGAACACCUCCAAGGAGUCCUCCAUAAUCGCUUCCACCCGCAGCUGUUCGGGGUACGCCCAGUGCAGCCUCUCUGUCCUGAGCUCUGCCAGAUUUGGUUCACCACCUGCCAAGCAGAUUUUAUUUGUGGCCCGACUUGGCUCCAGUCCUUUGGAAAGAGAGGCUGUGAGCCCAGCUGCCACACCUAUGGGCAGACCUUUGCCAACGCCACAGAUCUGUGUCAUUCUGCUUUGGGUCAUGCCCUGCGGUUGGCAGCUCCUGGCUCGAGUCACUGCCUCAAUGUCUCCAUCUCCUCUCCAGGAACCCAUCACCGCCACAGCCGCCGCCCUCGCACCUGGAUUUCAAAUAUUGCAGGCAGCGGCAGUGGCAGUGGCAGCGGCGACAGCCCUGAGUAGACGUUUGACUUUCAAUAAGUGUCCCUUCCCUAGGCCAGAAGCCACCCAGAGUCAUCUCCCUCUCUUCCUCUCUCCUUCCUUCCUAAACCAGGCCCUCCCACCCGUUAUCCUAGAAAUGGCCUAAAACCCCACUUAUUUUGCUUUCUCGAAAUAAAGUUGCCAGUCUAGAUCAUGCUAUACGAUGUGGCUGCUGCUUGGGGAAACACUUGGGGAGAACCUGGCAAAAAUGAUAGUCUUAGAGAGGGAAAGGGAAGAACAGAGACCAGUAAUAAGGUACACAGGCCAACUCUGAUUGAUGACCAACAUUCUACCCCCAGAACUACAUGGUAGCAAAAGAAACAACUCCAACAAGUUGUCUUCUGACCUCCAUGUUUGCUGUGGCACUUGUGUCCUCUUUCCCCCCAAAUAAAUAAGUAGAUAUAUAACACA